GAGGGGCGUGGCGCGGGGGGCCACCGUUGGUUGGCCGGUAGCAGGUGGGGGUUGGCCAUGGCCCUACUACUGUGCUUGGGGUUGACUGUCGCGCUGGCCCGCGGUUGCCUUCAUUGCCAUAAUAACUUCUCGGAGAAGUUCUCCUUCUACCGCCACAACGUGAACCUCAAGUCUUGGUGGGUGGGUGACAUCCCUGUCUCGGGGGCUCUGCUCACCGACUGGAGCAAGGACACGAUGAAGAAGCUACACUUAGCCAUCCCGGCGGAGAUCACCCGUGAGGAUCUGAACCAGGUGGCUGAAACUGUGUAUCGGAAGAUGGAUCAGCUGUACCAGGGGAAGAUGUACUUCCCUGGAUAUUUCCCCAAUGAGCUGCGAGUCAUCUUCCGCGAGCAGGUGCAUCUCAUCCAGAAUGCCAUCAUCAAAAGACAAAUUGACUGUCAGCGUCACUGUGGCAUCUUCCAGUACAAGACCAUCUCCUGCCACAACUGCUCUGACUCGCACUUCGUCUGCUUUGGCUACAACUGCGAGUCCUCGGUAGAGUGGGAGAGCGCUGUGCGGGGCCUUCUCAUUUACAUACAGGACACCAGCACGAGGGUGGGCACUGUGGCCAGGGCUCUCUGUGCACCUGGGACUGCCAGCCACCUGUUCUGCCACCUCACCCAUGUAACACCGUGUGGUCAUCUCAUGAACAAACCUCGCCUCCUUCCUCCUGCAUCUCCUCGCCUGGGACACCCAGAACCACCCCAGCCUUCCUAUCACCAAGCAUCUUGUGUCUGGAGCCACAGCGCCUGGUCAACCUGACCUUGGAGGACACCUUGAAGUGUCUGACAGGAGCUGCUGCUGUGGAGACUGGGACUCAGCUGGCCUGAACUGGCCUGUCGCUCUGGCUUGGGUCCCCAUCAGCUCCCAGAGGGCCCAGGCUGGGCUGGGGUGGGGGCAGGGGGCGGGUUUGUGUAUAGCGUCAGCCCCCGGGCAGGGCCACCAUGCCAUUUAUGACAAUUAAAGUGCCUGACAUUU